AAUAUUUAUACAAGAAUACCUUUUCAUGCAGAUUAUCGAUAAAUAUUCGAUUUCAUAAUCAAAUACAUUUAUCUCUUUGAUACUAUUAAGUAUUCACAUCCCGAAGAAGUGCCGUUCGCGACGUGGCCUUAACAAAGAUAAGGCCGGGGUUGCCCUCGAAUUUCGACGGUCGAAUUUGUGCGAAAAACAUCUCGUCGUCUUGGAAGCUUCGAUUGGAACACAGCCAAUAGCAAAAUGGGUUUAAUGUGUCGCGUUUGGGGGUAAAAUAGGUAGUAUCAUGAAGAACAAGUCCGUGAGAUCGAAGACUUACGAUCGAAACCAGAAAUUUGAAUCGCCACGUAAGAAUUUCGGCACGUUUGUUUGCUUAACAUGUAAUUUAUAUCCAGCCUUCACUGCACGUCUUUCUUUUUCAGGAUUCUCAUAGACGAUUCAACACACUUUGCUCCUUUUGGAAAUAAUCCUUUCUUAGCAGAAGAACCUUCCUGACUAUUAAUAUCUUAAUAAACUCAAUUGUCAAUUUUAAUUCAAUCAUUAAAUUUAAUUUGUUGCGAGCAUUGUCAUGUUUUAUUAACACAAUUAUUUUCUAAUACAAUUAUGAAACAAAUAUUUAUGAAUUGUAAACCAAAUGCACAAAGCCAUAUGUAAUCAUAGUAAUACAUUGACAAAACACUCGAACUUAUAAUAUAUAGUCAGUUUAUUUUAAUAUUUUAAUUUAACAGUUAAAAAAUCAGCAGUCUUAAACCCAAAAAUAAAAAAAAAGUAUUCCUUUAUAAAUACCGUAUGUGUAAAAAAAAAUCUAUCGAUCAUGCAAUAGAGUACUUCUUUGCGCUUUUACGAAUAAUAUAAAUAAAAAUUGCCAAAUGAGCCUAUCAUCAGGCCGCAAGCAGCGGCAUUUGCAUCGGGCCUUCGAGGAUGAUGUGGACGUCUGACGAUGGUCAUUGACAGACCAAACGUGACGAAUUUACCAAUUUCAAUGUACCAAGAAUCGGUCAUUCAUACAAUAUUCAAGAUCUUUACGCACAGAUCACUAUAUAACACCCUUCUACGAAUCACAUCAUCAGUCUUCUUUAGAUUCUCGUACACCGAACUACAAUAAAACGUGUCUUUUACCAAGGAACUAACCGCGAGUGGACGAGGGACUACCAACUCCCGAAGAGAUAAGACACGCGAUACCGCAUUAAAAAUGACGCGAGAAAAGCUCUUUGCCGUGUUACUUCUCGGUCUAGUCGCGAUAGCUCUGAGUUUGCCUCAACAACCGAAAUCCAAGAGGCCUCCUCCAGUAUUCAAGCAUCCUCAAACUGGUGGCUUGCUGCUUCCCGAUAACGCGACUCUUAUUCGCGAGAAUAUUGUGGACACGUUCUCGUGCCAAGAUAGAAUUUACGGUUACUACGCCGAUAUGGAGAACGGGUGCCAACUGUUUCACGUGUGCAUGCCGCAAACGAGAGGUUCAAUUAGAUGGAGCUUUAUUUGUCCCGCCGAGACAGUUUUCAAUCAAGCGACAUUCGUAUGCACACAAACAGAAAGCUCGAUACCAUGCGAGGAAUCGGAAAAAUAUUACGUUCUAAACGAGGACAUCGGAAAGGAAGUGGAAGAAGAGGAGGAGGCGGAUCAGAAUCGAGGGAAGAAAAAUGCAACGAAGAUUUUUGAGCCUGAAGUGGAAACGGUGUUUAAAAAGACACCCUCGAAACAUUCGAGAUUAAAUCGAAAAACAUUGUCCCAACUUCAUUAAAAGGAAUACACUUUUUUUCUCGGCUCUGUUUAAAAGAGUUCGCUCUACAAAAUGUGGUGGUUAUAGUUAGCCAAUCUCGGUUAAAGAUAAAAAUAUAAAAGAAAUUUUCGCUUGCGUCAAGAUUGACUAAAUGCUCAUUUAGAAUUUAAAGUAAUCGCUUACAGAUUGCUUGUAAACUUUGCCUUGCAAGAGCCUUUAUAAUGGCAAAUAAUACCUAAAAUUUAAAUUUAAAUUAUUGUCACACAUACAAUGUAAAAUAUGUCACUUUACGCAAUGUAUAAAAUCAAAUUCUGUACAGUACUAGUGAAACAAGUAGAACAUAAAGCGUACAUUAAAUAAUUAUGUUCAAAAAUGUAUUAAAUGUUUAUAUAUGUAAUUAUUCAUAAAAUAAAAUAAGAAAU